GACAACCAGCUGCGACACUCACGACGGUCACCAUGCGACCGACUCAGAUAUGGAGAAUGCCACUGGGGCGAAUACCCCAAGCCUCCUACUAUGACCAAAAGAACCGCCCGGGCGCCGCUCUCAUGCGCGCUCGGCAACCCUACCUCGUCAAGAACGCCGUAACAGGCGUGUGUCUCUUAGGAUUCGUGGCAGCAGUGUACACAUGGACCCUCAAAGCUAUCGGGCAGGACGACUUUUCCGAUGUCCCGAUUCCCGAUGCGCCGACGCAGCCUGCGCAUGCGCCGCAUAUGAGUACUGUGAAGAGCGCGGGGAGUGCGCAGUGAUUAUCUUGGACUGCAUUCAAGAGAAGGACGGGAGCAGGAAGGUGGAGAUCGUGAUGGGAGGGGAUUAGCGGCAUUGCAAGGCGUUUGGGAUACGAUUAAGUGUGAGCACGAUGGCACAACUACAGCGGGGUGUACAGCUAUAUAUCGGGUGGGCUGUAGAUGGCGUGAUUCAAGAUCCUCUCUUCCAUGCCUGAUGGCCUUCUUACAUUUAUCCGCUUCCGCAGCAUGCAACACCAUAGUCAUGCACAGACAAACCCAGGCGUAUGAUAAUGUGAAAGCUCU